GGUUUGACCUUCGUGGGUUGCCGUAGUGGCGGUACCAGCCGAGUGUACAGUUUUUUCAAACUUGGGAUAUAUAAAUAAGUGCUGGGAAUUAAUAAAAAUAACAAUAUUCGGGGUUUUCACAAAACAAAAUCUGGCCUGUUGCAUUAAAAAACGGAGGGACUUGGUUUGUAAACCUUACGAGUGUUGCUAUGGAGGAGGUGACGCGUUUGGUGUCAUCAGGCGACUGCCUGAAGAUCUGGGAUUCCACCUCCAUGAGCGUGGUGGAGCAGUUCAACCCUCACAGUGCCAGCCAUCCACUAGCACAGGCCUGCUGGAGCAGCAGCAAUCAGUACAUUGUCAGUGCCAGCAGUAUAGGAGACAAGCUGGUAGUGACCAGCCUGAAGUCCUCACCAGUGCCAGUGAUGGAGCUUGCAGAAGGGAAAAAACAGACACGAGUUGCACUAAAUUCAACAUCACAGUUCUUGGUCAGUGGGGGACUAGAUAACACGGUCAACAUCUGGGACCUGAAAACAAAGAGAUUACAUCGCAGCCUCAAGGAUCAUAAGGAGGAAGUAACGUGUGUAUCCUUCAAUGGUGGUGAUAGUUACAUAGCAUCUGGCUCCACCAGUGGAGACAUCAUUCUCCACAGCAUUACUACCAAUCUGUCCAGCAAAGCCUUUGGCCACGGGCCCAAUGAGCCUAUCCGUGACUUGAAGUACUCAUUGAUAAAGCGGUCUCUCUUGGGGAGUGUGUCAGACAGCGGCUCUGUGGUUCUGUGGGAUGCCAAUACACAGAAGGAGCUACACACGUUUGAAGGAGCACACAAAGCUCCUGCCUCAGGCCUGGCCUUUUCUCCAGCAAAUGACUUGCUCUUUAUUACAGUGGGACUGGAUAAGAAGAUUGUCUGUUAUGACACUUCCAGCAAAGUUAUUUUCCGAAGUAAGCAGGUAGAGUCCCCACUUACAACUGUAGACUUCACUCCAGAUGGAGCAGGGCUGGUAGUGGGCUCCACCCAAGGACGGAUCUACAUGUAUGAUCUGCGUAACCUAAGUGCUCCUGUCAAAACCACCAUGGCUCACAAGACCUCAGUCACAUGUAUUCGCUUCCAGCACUCGAACACAAGACUAAAAACUAGUAAAACAGUCUCAGGCAAGACUACUACUUCGCAGUCUAACAAGCGGAUCUCCGUAAAGCUGGGGCAGACCCAGCAGGGCGGUCCAUCUACUCCGACUUCUUCAGUUCCUACUGUCCUAGAACAGCAGCCAGUAAGCCGAGGAGAUGGACAAACUCACAACCUAGGGAGUGGAGGAGGUCCUGAGGUGCCAUCCAGAGAUGCUGAAGGCCAGCAGAGUUUGGAUAAGUUUAACAGUGUCGGUCGAAACAGUCUGAGCCUGGAUAUUUUCUCACCUGUAACCGAUGGGUUUAAGACACAUGGCUUAAUUGGUGAUACUCCAACUUCAAGAAAUGGGGGCAGUGCUGAUGUCUUUUUCAGAGAACCUGAGGGGCAACACAGUUCAGACAAGUUUAGGGUGGGUCGCAACAGCCUGGACAUUUUCUCUCCUGUCCGAGAUGAUUAUAAAGGUCACAGGCUCAGUGAUGCCUCAAGUGUAAAGAAAGAUUUAGAUUUCUUACCUCAGCACGGUUCAGCUCAGCGCAAGAACCCACUGGGUACACCUGGUGCUCGCUGUUAUAGUCCUCUGACUGCUGUCCACACACCACCUGCAAUCAAAGAGGAGGAUACAGUGAUCACAUCACCUACGCAUACGGACACACAAAGCAAUAUGGUAAAGAAGAGUAAUUAUCUGAGGCAAAAUGUUCUGAAUACACUUCCUGCUUCUCAGAGUACACACAUGCAAUCAGUGCCUUCAUUCAACACUCCUGAGGCAAGUCAAAGGAGAGAAUUGUCAACCCAGCUCAACUAUGAUUCGCCAGUAAGUUGCAGUCAACCUGUAGCUGAACCAGCAGCAGCAGCACCAGCAGCAGUAGCAGGUGCAUCGGGUGCUGUCAGUAGUGAAGCACCACUCACCUCUGUCCAGAUGAAUUUUGUGCGCAACAUGAUCCAUGAAGCUCUGGAAGAUUUCAGAGACACAUGCCACAGAGAUAUUAUCAAUCUGCAAGUUGAAAUGGUGCGGCAGUUCUAUAUUCAGCUGAAUGAAAUCCAUGGGCUCAUUGAGCGGUACUCUAUAAAUGACAGUCUUGUGGAAGAGAUUGAGAAGCUGAAGGAAGAAAACAAACGACUCAGAGCAAAUUACUAAAAAAAGAAUGUGGCUACCCGUCUGACAGACAGUAGAGUGACUCCUUUGUGCUCAGCACAGGUUUAGGCCCAGGAUGUGUGGUAGCAUUACAGCACUGUCUUAGGUGAGGAACGACAGGGGUUCUGCUUUCCAGCUGAUGCCUGAAGUAUGCACUCAUGUCCGGAGGACCAGCGUUGCCUGCUCUAUUUAUCACCAGCAUAUUUUUAAGGUUACACCAUGAAUGUACCUUAAAAUAAGAGAGAUUAUUUGUAAGCUUCUCUCUCCAUUUCUGUGCAUUUUUGUGCAUAAUUUGCAAUAAAAUAUUGCCAUAUAAGAGGGCAUGUUUGUAGUAGAUAACCUAGGUAGGGAUGACUUUAUAACCAUAAUAGUGACUUUAUACUAAAUUAGACAAAUACAAACUGCAACAUCAGGAAAUCAAUAACCUGGUCUGUUUAUAGUGCCUACAAUGGAAUUUUGCAGGAGUCAUUAAAUUUGUAUCUUGAAUAAAUUAUUGCAUUGAACUACCACA